GUCAUUGACUUAGACUUGGAAACUUGUUUUAGAAGAUGUGUUUGCCUUCCAAUUGUCACUGAAAGUUCACCGCCCACGGCAGCGGCAAGGAUGGAGAGAGAGCAAGACAGGGAGCUGAUGAUCGGCGAAGAUACUGUGUGCGUUGCAGUGGGGAGAGAUAUAGAAGAAAGCAAGCUUACUUUGUUAUGGGCAGUGCAAAAGUUUCCGGGCAAAAAAUUUUGCGUUCUCCAUGUUCAUCAGCAUGCUCAGACGAUCUACUCUAUUACUGAGGGUCUCGAAGUAAGCAGACCUGAACAAGAUAGGCUCAGGAACAUAGUAAAUGAAAUCAGGGAUCGGAUCAUAAAUGAUUACCGUCUUAUUUGUCAAGAACAAGGGGUGCAAGCAGAAAAAUUGCUUAUUGAGAUGGAUGAUGUGGCAAAGGGUAUUUUGGAACUAGUUGGGCAGCACCACAUCAAGUUGCUUGUCAUGGGAGCGGCAGCAGACAAGCAUUAUUCAAUGGGAAUGAACCAUCUGAAAUCUAAAAAGACCUUAUAUGUGGAACAACGUCUGCCUCCUUAUUGUCAAGUUUGGUUUAUUUGCAGUGGGAACCUUGUCUGCACAAGGCAAAUCAACCCACGGAGUUCUUCGAGUCCUAGUUAUUCGACAGGAUCUAGUGAAUUAGCCAGCAAUUUAGAUCUAACUGUGAUUGAGAGAACAGAAGAGAGUGAAUGUGGAAAUGAGUCAUAUGUAAUGCUUCAGUCUGGAAGGGAUCUUGAUCAUUUAUCAUCUCAAGGAAGCAGUAAUGGUCAACUAAGCAGUCAACUUGAACAAGCACUAUUAGAGGCUGAAAUAUCAAAUCAAGAAGCACUCGAAGAGCUAGCCAAGCAUACGAGAGCUCAGAAAAUUGCCCACCAGGAUAUUCGCACCCAGGCAAUGUCCUUUCCAUUUAUUAUUUCCCCUCCUUUAUGGAAAUGCUUCCGCUUUUCUGCAAAUGAAAUGAGUAGCCAAAGGAUUAUACCUACAUUAAUCAUUACAUAUUAAAAGUUAAACAUAAUGUGUGAUAAUAACUUGCCACCACCUGACUGUCUUUCAGAGGGAAUCUAUAAAUCAAGUUAUGUUUCAUAAAACUGUUUCCUGUUC